ACAUUCAGCAAGUCACAAAGAACAAUUUAGAUGAUCUUGUAUCAAAACUGGAUGGUUCAUGGGAUUCUUAUCACUGCAAAAUGUCAUCCAAAACGGAAGCCAACCGUUUGACUGAAUAUGUUGCUUAUAUGAAAGAAAGCCAACAUAUAUUUCCUGAUUCAUGCAGGAACACAAUUUUCUCCAUCUUAGAAUGCAUUAUUCGUAGAACUUUCUCUGAAAAUGCCGCUGGGGAUGAAUUCUAUACAAAGAAAAUAGCUGGUGUUCAGGAUAUAUGCCUUCUCACAUCAAUAUUGAGGUUAAUGAGCAUAUCACUAAUUCAAGCCACUCGGUGCCUAAGUAAUGGUGGUAAUUCAGGUUGCCUGAAGACUUUGGAAAAUGCCUCUUUGCCUGAAAGAUAUGAUUUCUUGAUCAGCACUGUCAGCUGUUUCCAACAGUGUGAUAUAUGUUUACCCAUUCAAAACAUGUUGUCUGAUGUGAUGAAGAGUCACCGUGCAAGGCCUAAACACUCCAAGUCAAUACUUCACUUUUCGGGCUUGUUAUCUUCAAGUUUAAUUCAUGGAUUUGAUAUCUUGGCAAAGGCAUGCAUAUCUGUAAUUACGGCACUGAUGUAUCUAUUCAUAUUUGUAGAGGGGGAUUUAAUUGCUUCAGGAUCAUUGAAGGAUCUACCACUGCCAUCAGAAAUGCCAGUGGUUAAAGCUAGAGAGGAUGCUGUAAACAAAACUAGCUACAAAGUUGCAUCAGAGUUUCAUAAAAUUUGGGCACGUCAUUCCAGAAUGAAUGCCCCAUCAAGCUUCCAACAAGGAACCCAAGAGACUGAAGCAGAGAGUACAUGGACAGUGCCAGUUCUUGAUCCUUUCUCCUUUGACAUAGAAGAGGAAACAUGUAAUGGUGAGAUGUUCCUUGAAUGCAUUCUUGAAAAAUCCAGAACAUCUGAUUAUGCUGAUCUAGUGGACUUCGUUGAGUGCAAGAGAGGGAAAGACUAUCAUGGCUGGUUGAAGAACCGAGAGAAAUACCGAAGAUGGAAACGUCACAAAGUGGAUAAUAUGAGGAAGAAGAGCAAGAAAAAGUUGUGGAAGGUUCUUAAGUGUUCGAAGACAUCACUUCCAAGGAAAAGAUGAAACGCCAGAAGGGGUGAAAUAUAUGGUACAUAAUCUGUGCUUCCAUGCUUCUUGUACAUGUCUAGUAGUAGCCUCCUUUGCCUCUUUUGAUUAACUAAAUAUUAAGUCUAGGCUCUAGAGGUUAGAAUUAUAAAAUUUAUGUACGUAAUGAUCUGCAGGUUGUACUCCUCCGGUCCUAAUGAUCUAGAGGUUGUAUUCAAUCUCUUUUGUAUUUCCAAUUUAUAAUUUGCUCUUUAAA